UGGUUAAUAUCACUAGCACCUUCUUUAGGACCCACCAAUAUUCGAUUCCGUUCAUGGUGUUCACUGAAUAGCGAUGGUCGCUCACUCACUACCAUGCAGGUCAAUGAAUCCUCUCCAACUGCACAAUGGAGCGAGUGGAAAAUUCGACCUGGCGUUGCGUUCCGUCAUCGGCUGCUACCAGAGAUAUCAUUACAUACCGUUGACAUUCAGUACCAACUGCUUAUCAGCGCUUCGCCCACCCGUGUUACUUUGUCAUUUUGUUUAUAUCUAAGCACUCUAACGAUGAUAUCGGGUUUCUUUGCUCAAUGUUUGAUUUCUAGACUAUUCGCCUCUUUUGAUCGACAAGAAAAUGGCUACCAUCGCCUUUCAUUGCCACUAAUACACCGGUCACACUUGUUUUUUCGUGCAUCGCUACGGUCACCUGAAUUACCAUGA